AUGUCUCUAAUAGACUCUCGAGUUGUUAUCGUCGGUGCAGGCAUGGGCGGCCUGACCUGCGCGUUAGCGCUGGCAAAGAAAGGGUUCAAAGACAUUGAGGUCUACGAAAGUGCUUCUGAUCUAGGAUUCGUUGGCGCUGGUAUCCAACUGGCUCCUAACCUAGUUAGAAUCCUGACGCGUCUGGGGUGUUGGGAUUCUGUAGGGGCCGAGGCAACAGAUGUCAAGGAGACCAGCAUCAGGGAUGGCGCUUCUAAUAGGGAGCUGACACAUGUCUACAUGCCCGACAUUCGCAAAAAGUAUGGAUAUCCCCAUUGCACGGGACACCGGGCUUCCUUGGCCGGAAGUCUCUACGAGGGUUGCAAGAAGGAACCUGGCAUUAGAUUCAAAUUUGGACAUACCCUCCAGAGCGUUGAUGCUUUCUCGCCAGAUGUCAAGUUUACUGUCAAGCCAAGGGACGGCGAGGCGUACCAGGCCACUGCGGAUGUCUUCUUGGCAGCGGAUGGCAUCAAGUCCGUUGCACGCAGCGCACUCCUCUCGCAAGCCGGAGUUGUCAUGGACACUGAAGAUACUGGACAGGCUGCCUACCGUGUUCUUCUGUCUCGGGAGGACAUGGCUUCCGACCCCGAGAUGAUGGAGCUCCUAGACAGUAAUCAGGUCACUCGAUGGAUUGGUGAGAAGCGACACUGGAUCGCCUAUCCAAUUGCGUCCCGUACCAUCUACAACAUGUCAUCCAUCCAACCUGACACGAAUUUCGCAGACGCGCCAUCCAUGACUUAUACAACCAAGGGCUCCAAGAGCGCCAUGCUGGACGUCUUUUCCGACUUUUGUCCUCUUAUCCAGCGUAUGCUGAAUCUCGUCCCGGACGGUGAGGUCUGCGAAUGGAAAUUGCGCUCGCACAAGCCCUUACCCACGUGGAGCUAUGGUUCUCUAGCCUUGAUGGGCGAUGCAUGCCAUCCCACCCUGCCCCAUCUCAACCAGGGAGCGGCACAGGCUGUAGAGGACGCCGUUGUCCUAGCCGAGGUGCUUGCCAGAGUACCUGUUAGGUCACCCGAGGCCAUUAACAGGAGCCUCAAAGUCUAUGAGCUGCUGCGCAAGGAUCGCACGACGAUGCUCGUUGACCUCGCAGCGCAAUCCGGAAAGGCUCUCCAUCUCGGCGAAGGAGAGAAGAAGGCGGAGCGCGACAGACUGUUUGCUGCAAAUAAGACCAAUGGCGGCAAAGUACCGGAUAAGUGGGCGUCGCCAGAGGUGCAAGAGAUGAUCUAUUCACAUGACUGCAUCAGUCUAGUUGCCGAGAAGUUUGAUGAGCUGUAUCGUGGGCUCGAGACUAAGCCCAGCGCGUGA